AUGUUCCGGAUUGAGAGCCUCGCACCGAAGCUGGACCCCGAGGAGAUGAAACGGAAGAUGCAUGAGGAUGUGAUCUCCUCCAUACGGAACUUCCUCAUCUACGUGGCCCUGCUGCGAGUCACUCCUUUCAUCUUAAAGAAGCUGGACAGCAUAUGAAGGCUGGUCAUCACAUGUGAAUGCAGGAUAUGAAAAACCUGAUUACAAUUUCUCCUUUUGUCUGCAAAUGAGUAGGCCCAGAAAGAUGUAAGAGACUCUGAUUGAAUGGACCUAAAAAUCCUACUUGUUAAGAAACAAGUCUGACUCUGGUGAAUGACCUUCAUAGCUAAGAUGAAACUAUUUGGAACAUAUAAAAAAUAUAUUUUGUG